CGGAGCAGUUGCCAAACCAGGCUGUGAUGCUUCCUGUCAGGACGCUCUCUACAGCUCCAGAGUAGAAGGACUGAAGGAUCCUCUGGGAAACUUUAAAUUUCCUCAGCUGCCUGAGGUGGUAAUCACUCCUCCUGUCCUGUCCAGACAUGCCAUGAAGAGGUAUGAAAAGGAUUCAUCUCAGCGUCUGGGCCAGUCAACCACAACAGUGAUGCCUUCCAACAAAUACUCUGCCGAUAUCAUGGAUAAUAGCAACAACAUGACAGCCACCGCGCCUGUGAACGGAGACAUGCCUCCAGCUAAAGGUCUAUCAGAGAACGACAGUGGCGUAGAGCUGACCAAUGAGAACAGCCCUCUGACCGCUGCUGAACCGCCCUCCCCCUCCAGCCCCAAGCAGAACAGAGACGCCGCCUCACCUCAAGAUGGUAACCAAGGAUCAGGGGGAAGUAGGAAGAGGAGCAGGAAGAAGUCAGAGGAGGAGGAAACUACCUGGGACUCCGGCAGCGAGGACAAAACUUCAGGAGCGUCUCAGCUGGGUUUGAGAAAGACGCCUCGACCCAGGACCAUCUUUCAGGCCGGUCCGAAGCCGCACACGCACAAGCCUCGCAGACAGAACCGCAAACACAAGCCCAGAAUGUUACUGUCUGGUGGUGGCGGCGGUGGUCCUCGGGUGGCAGUGAAUGCGUCCAGUGGGGUCUCAGAGGCCCCUCGUCCCGAGCUGAUAGAACAAGACUCCAAGGACUCGGCCCAGAGCAUCAGCACCUCAUCCAGCUCUGAGAUCCAGCCAGAGUACAACGACAACAAGGGUUUUAGUAUUGGCGAGCUGGUGUGGGGAAAGAUCAAAGGCUUUUCUUGGUGGCCCGGCAUCGUGGUGACGUGGCGCGCCACCGACAAACGGCAGGCCAGCAACGGCAUGAGGUGGCUGCAGUGGUUUGGAGAUGGAAAGUUCUCUGAGGUUUCAGCAGACAAACUGGACUCCAUCACUGCCUUCCCCAAGUUCUUCAGCCAGGCUUCCUACACCAAACUGGUCUCCUACCGCAGGGCAAUCUUCCAAGCACUGGAGAUGUCCAGUAUCCGGGCGGAGAAGAAGUUUCCUCCCUGCGAGUCGGACAUUGCAGAUGAUCAGGUCAAACCCAUGCUGGACUGGGCCAAUGAGGGCUUCCUGCCCAAAGGGGAGGAGGGACUCAAACCUACACACACUGCCGACAGCAACCCUCUGGACCACCAGGUCCUCGAUGUUUCCCUGCCAGAGUAUUUCCCCAGCGCCAAGCGGCCCAGAGUCAGCGUCUGUAGGAGCAGGGUCGCCGCCCCCGAGGAGUCCUACAGCAGAGAACAAAUGGUGAAUGAAGUUCUGAAAAAUAAAAGGAGUAUAGAAGAGUUCUGUCUGUCUUGUGGGAAGAUGAGAGCAGUAACCUUCCACCCACUGUUUGAAGGAGGCCUGUGCCAAACAUGCAAGGACGUUUACCUGGAGAUGUCCUACAUGUACGACGAUGACGGUUACCAGUCGUACUGCACCGUCUGCUGCGGAGGUCGAGAGGUUCUGCUCUGCGGCAACGCCAACUGCUGCAGGUGUUUCUGUGUGGACUGUCUGGACAUCUUGGUGGAUCCCGGAGCGUCUAACAAUGCUCGCUAUCUGGACCCGUGGCGAUGCUACAUGUGCCAGCCGAUGUUACAGUACGGCGCCCUGAAGCGACGGCACGAUUGGAGCCUCAAGCUGCAGAUGUUCUUCACCAACGACAACGGACAGGAGUUUGAGAAACCAAAGAUUUUCCCAGCAGUCCCUGCAGAGCAGAGACGACCAAUCAGAGUCCUCUCCCUGUUUGACGGCAUUGCCACUGGCUACCUGGUUUUAAGGGACCUGGGUUUUAAGGUGGACCAGUAUGUGGCGUCGGAAGUGUGCGAGGACUCCAUCUCAGUGGGUGUUGUCCGACAUGAAGGAAGGAUCCAGUACGUCCAUGAUGUCAGGAACAUCUCCAAGAAAAACCUUCUGGACUGGGGUCCGUUUGAUCUGGUGAUAGGAGGAAGUCCCUGCAACGACCUGUCAAUCGUCAAUCCCGCCAGGAAAGGGCUCUAUGAAGGGACAGGGAGGCUGUUCUUUGAGUUUUACCGCCUGCUGAGCAAGGCCAGACCCAAAGAAGGAGAGGACAGGCCGUUCUUCUGGAUGUUCGAGAACGUGGUCGCCAUGGGCGUCAAUGACAAGAGGGACAUCUCACGAUUCCUAGAGUGUAAUCCUGUGAUGAUUGAUGCUAUUGAGGUGUCUGCUGCUCACCGUGCCCGAUACUUCUGGGGAAACCUGCCGGGCAUGAACAGGCCUCUGUGUGCCUCUGGGAUGGACAAGCUGAAGCUGCAGGACUGUCUGGAUCACGGAAGAGUUGCAAAGUUUGGGAAGGUGCGUACCAUCACUACCCGCUCCAACUCCAUCAAACAAGGGAAGGAUCAACACUUCCCUGUCAUAAUGAACGGGAAAGAGGACAUACUUUGGUGCACUGAGCUGGAGAGGAUCUUUGGCUUCCCUGUCCACUACACUGAUGUGUCCAACAUGGGUCGCGGUGCCAGACAGAAGCUCCUGGGCCGGUCCUGGAGCGUUCCCGUCAUCCGUCAUCUGUUCGCACCACUGAAAGACUACUUCGCCUGUGAAUAGACGCCAGCCAUCACCCGUUGUAAUGACACACCAGCUUUUCCACUGUGAUACUGGCUCCAGGAACAUCAGCCGCCGGCCACAUUUUUUAGAAGUUGUUUCUCUUCAGUCUUGAAGGAGAAUAACCAGUUUAUUUUCAAAUCAGUGUAGCUGGAAAACAGUGAAACUAGCUGUUUUUGUGUCUGGUGAUAAUGCGCUGCAGCCUUAAACACACAUAACACCGAGAUGAACAAAUAAAGCAUGGGCUGUCUUUUUAAUAGCAUCACCGGUUAUAUCUUCCAUAACCACGGCCUUGAGAGGGCUUUGCCUCUCUGGAAGUUCAGCUGAGUUAGAAGGAAAAGAUGGCAAAACCUGACUCACCUGUUUUGAUUAUUAAGAUUAGGCCAGUUCAGUGAUUUUCUUUUUUUUGAAAUGCCCUGAGAAGGUAUUGUUUUGAGUUGACAACACUUAGUUGUAGAAAAUAGAGAACAACAUGGCACCAAAGGUACAGCUUUUUACAGCACUGUAUCAAACCUUUCUCUCAGGACGUGUACACAUUUCAGAGGAUGUUUAUGACUCCGUUUAGCUGAUGAUUAAAAUGUGUGACAGGCUAUUAUUUAAAAAAACUUGAACCAAAGUCUUUAGACAAACAGAUUGGGGCCGAUAUGCUGUUUCACUAGAAUCAGACCUAUGUGUAUUUUCUCAAAAAAGGGGUUCAGAAAAGUCAAAACAUGAUAUCAAGGUUACCUGUCAGAAUUCUAAGAUAAUACAUAUCCACAACAAUGCUAAAUUAUACAAAAAAUAAUUGAUCAAUAAAACAGAAACAUUAUUUAAGAAAAACAUUCUACGCCACACAGGUACUUUGAAAGUCUUGUGGUUGUUCAAUGCUAAUAAAAUAUAUUUUCAUAUUUGUUGAAAUUACAACAUAUUUAGAUUUGAAUAUGGAAAGAAUAGAGUACUCCGUAUGGAAAAUACAUUUAGCAAUGGAAACUAGUGCACAGCAGGCUAACCUGGAGAUGAAGCAGGACAUUUUCCUUUAUAUUUAGUUGCUAUUCAUAGUUUUUCUGUUGUGAAAGAAAAACACAAUAAUUUAGCUUGUUGUCUUUUGCUUUGAGAUAAGUUCAUGUGAACAAAAUAGCUUCAACUUUUAUUAAAGAUUAGAUAAAAAUGUGGUUGUAAAGAUUGUAUGAAACGUUAGUUAUAUUGUCACAGAGAUAUCUCCCUGAUAGCUACGUACAAAUACUUGAAACAAGCCAAUGCAAAAACACAGAUAUAGAGAUUGUCUUUUGGGCACCGUUCCAGACAGCUAAGAACUCAUGAGUGAUGGCAAUUAUCCUUUUGUAGGAGUUUAUAUUGUAUCGUUAAAACCCCAUUGUUUUAGCUCACUGUAGUGGUUGGAUGUCGGUGAUGUGAGCCACAAAGAUAAGAUACGUUAAUUCAGGAAAGAGUAAGUGUCAUUGUGUGUACAUUUGGUUUUGAAAAGCAAAAUAAGGGAAACACUGGCGAACACACAAUAUUCCUUGUGAACUACUGACUACUUUUGGUUUAAAUGCACUUUUAAGUUUCCAAAACAUUUGACAUGCCAUGAAAACCAUCUCUAAAGUGCUGUCUGACUCUGCUUUGUUCUGUGUGGUGCACGCGCUUUGGUAUGUAGUAUGUAUAAGUAAUUACAAGUAACUGUUUGAUGUGGUGCACAUUUGAUGCCAGAAGAACUGUUUUUUUCGGUGAGACUUAAAAAUACAAGUUAUUGCAAUGAAGUAGUUAAUACUCCUCCAUAAUUAUACACUGACAUUUCUUUGACGUGCCAUUCAGUAUGCUUAAGCUUGAGCAUCUUCCCUAGACAAAGGGGUUUACUGGACAGUUUAUUGGUCCCAAUUUUCUUAAUUUUAACAAACUAAACUCACAAAAAAUGGAUAUAUUUGAGAUAUAUUCUCUUUUUUUAUGUUGUCAACUGUCACCAAAUCAUACUAAAUGGGCAUUACCUCAGACAAAGGGGCAACUGUACAUCCCUCCUCCUGAAGGAUCUCUGUUUUGUGAAUAUAUACUGUAGCUUUAUGCUCCCAUAUGCCUUGUGUGUGUAUAUAUAUAGCUUGUAUUUUCUCACUGGAACUUACAUUUUUAAACAAUUUAAGUAUUGUUUUGAUAGAAAGGUUUACAAGUGUUUGACCAAGAACUACGAACAAAAUGCACAAGCUUUCUUUUUUUAUUUCAUGUUUAAAUGAGCAGUUCAUUAAGAAAUGUAUAAGUACUCUCUGGUGCUCAGUUAAAGUUCCCUUAAAGUGCCACAGGAGCCUCUUUACUCUAUUUUGUAAUUGUUUCCAUUACUGAGUAAUAUUUCUCAGAUUGUUGCAUGUUUUGCUUAAAAACAGUUAGCAAAAAUCUAUAGAUUUUUCUAUUCUUUUUGUAACUGUCAUACAGGACAAAGUUAUUCAGCGUAUACAGCUUUCUGUUAUAGUACAUUGUGGAGCAUGUUAAUCAAUAGGUUUUUGAAAACUUGUGUUGUGUAGAUGUAGGCUUGCUUGUUAAUAUCAGAAGUAUGUACUUUUUAUACUACAACCUUUUAGUGAGAUAUAUUUUAUCAGGAUUCCAUUUGAGGAUUUAUUUUGCUGAACGCUUUUUUGUUUGCAAAAAGCAUUUCAAAAGAACAGAUUCUGUGCUAUUUUUAAUACUUUUUCUAAUUAGUGUUGCAGUAUUUUGUUAUGUUCAUUGACUUCCUAUAGCAACCAAUAUAUAGUGUUUACUCAAUAAAAAAAUAAAAAAACA